AUGGUAGUUUUAUCAGCAGCAGUGGUUUCCAAACAGAAGACACUUCUAGCUCGACAGUUCGUCGAUAUGCCUAGACUACGAAUUGAAGGUCUACUGGGAGCGUUUAUGAAGUUGGUAGAAAAUCAGAAGUCCGAUCACACCUACAUCGAGACGGAGAAUAUUCGUUAUGUUUAUCAACCCAUAGAGCAGCUCUACUUGGUGCUUAUCACGACGAAACAGUCGAACAUCCUGGAGGAUCUGGAUACGCUCAAGCUGUUCACUAACGUAAUGGAAGUAGUGAAGACCUCAGUAACGGAGGAUGCUGUUCUGGACAACAUCUUCGAUCUUGUCUUUGCGUUCGAUGAGGUUGUCAGCUUUGGGUAUCGAGAGGCUGUUACUCUAUCCCAAAUAAAGACCUAUACCGAGAUGGACUCCCAUGAGGAGAGAUUGGCCCAGAUGAUUGAACAGAGCAAAAUGAAUGAGGCCAAAGAGGUGGCUAAGAAGAAGCAACUGGAGUUGGCUAGACUACGGGCCCAACAGGCUAAAGAGGCGAGGCUCCGUAGUACUCGACAGGGUUAUUCCACUGCUGAGUCCCUCACUGCCCCGAGUGGGUUUGGUAACGACACUGCUGUGGAUGAAUUCUCUUCCAUCGGUGGUGAUGAUUUCGGUGUACCUCGGCCGGUUCAACAGCAACAGCAGCAGCAGCGAUUCCAAGGUGGUGGAUUCACUUCAGCAGCGUCAGGGUCGGAGGGUUCACUGAAUGAUUACUAUCAACAGCAGCAGCAACAGUCGUUCGCAUCAGGAGCGCCUAAGAAGGGUCUGGUCCUGGGCAGGAAGAGACGCCAAGCUCCGAUAGGUCAGUUGAGUGAAAUGACGAUGAACGAUCAGCCCAACGAUAUGGGCGGCCUGGAGUAA